CGUGCUGCCCGACCCGCCCCGCCCCCCACUUGGGGGCAGCGCCGCCGCCCGAAGCGGCGCGCCGCCCGCACAGGGCCGACCUGCGGGCGCCCGACGGCGAGCGCAAGACGCCGCUGCACCGCGCCGUGCAGGGCAUGCGGUCCACGGAGGCGGAGCCCCGGCGCGCGGAGGCCGUGGAGCUGCUCGUAGCGCAGGGCGCAGACCCCGAGCUGAAGGACGCCGGCGGCCAGUCGGCCCUGGACAUCGCCGCAGGCCGAGAGGGCCGCUUCGCACCGAGGGUGCGGGCGGCGCUCGCGGGCAGCCAGGGCGCUGGCGCCGACCGCGACCUCGAGGCGGCCCGCGGCGGCAAGCCGGGGGGCGCCAGCAAACGCGCGGGCAAGGACCGGGCCGAGGCGAAGAUCUCAGGCCCAGCCAUCUUCUGGCUCGUGAGCGUCUCCCUCGCCACCGUCCAGUACCUUACCGAGCUGAGACCAGCGGCUUGGACCAUCGUGCCGUUCUUCGCUUUGUACUUCGAGCUCGGCGUCGUGGCGUCCCUGGCACUCUUUGUCUGGGUGUCCCGGAGCGACCCGGGCAAGGUGCCCCCGCGCCCGAGGGAGGAGGCCAUCCGGGCCAUGGCGGAGUCCGCGCCCGCCUGCGCCCGCCCCUGCGCCGCGGCGGCAGUGCACAUCCCGACGGCCCCGUGA